AUGAACCACGAUCAUUUCUCGUUGCGUUCUGCUAAAAUAUCAAUUCGACGGCUACGGUCUGCUGCUACUCGUGUGGCUCGUAACAGUAUGUUAGCAUCUUUAUGUCCUGAAGAUUCCAAUGAAGUCGAAAUGGCAGAUGAUCACGACAGCGAACUUGUUAGCAGAAACGAGCAUUUACAUGAUACAGUGAUGCAGGAAUAUGAUGAAGAAGAGCCGAUUUGUGACGCACACUCGUUCGAUUGUUUGCCAGACGAUUCCAUUCCAACUGACUCGCCUGCUACGAAAAAUGACGAUCCUCAGAAUGACGACGAACUUUUAUUCGAUUCCUCAGGCCAUCGUAUUACGCAUAUUGUUACAGGCCAAGUGCCGGAUACGAAAGAUAUUUCAACUGCUCUUGCUCUUUUUCGACACAGGCAUAAUCUAUCUAAGUCAUGCAUCAAUGAUUUAUGUGAUUUACUUCGUUUCCUCGGUGUGAAAAAUGUGCCAGCUGACUUUCGAUCUGUCGAAAAGAUCAUUAUGUGUUCACAAGGUGAUGUUUUGCAAAGCAAAAAACACAUUCUGUGUUCAGAAUGCGGUAAUAAAGGAACAGAUUCUUCCAAAUGUGAGACCGUGAGCUGCAAAUCAAGUGUUGGUUUUGCGUCUACUCCGACGACUAUAUGCACCUUCAAACUUUUACCAUAA